AUGACGCUGCAAAACGAGCCCGACGAGACAGAGGUCUCGCAUCCCCAGAAGCGCAUCCGAUGGGCCACACAUCGCGCGACGGGCACAAAGGCUGCCAUCAAGCGAAACUCCCUCAAGGAACGCCUGCACCGGCGCAUAGGCUCGGGAGGAGAGAAGCGAUAUUCGCUCGGCAAGGAAGACGGUUCCCAGCACGGCGACCAGUCGGUCGAGGGUUCAGAUGACGUCGACCCCGAACUCGACGAGAACGAAGGAGGUCGCAAAGUCUACUUCAACGUACCCUUGCCCCAGAGUGCGCGCGACGAAGAAGGCCACCCCCUCGAAUCAUACGCCCGCAACAAGAUAAGAACCGCCAAAUACACGCCUCUCAGUUUCAUCCCAAAGAAUCUGUGGUUCCAGUUCCACAACAUUGCCAAUGUCUACUUUUUGUUCAUCAUCAUUCUGGGU